AUGUUCGGCCUCGGGAUGAUUGUUGCUAAACUAUGGGAAUGGCAUCAUAGAAGGAGCCCGGUUGAGCUCUGGUUGGACCUCCUUCACAAUGCCGAGACCUUUGAAGACUGGGAAGAAGCUGCCCUCCACCUCGACAGCCUUCUCGGCCUCGACCUCUGGCGGAACAAUCCGACCUCCAAGUAUUACGACUACCACCUCAUAAACGAGCGUCUUAAUACGCUAGCUACGUUGAGAGAGGAGAACAACCUCUAUCAGAUGAUCAACUUCUUACGGAGUGGUCUAAUCAGGAACCUCGGCAAUAUCACAGCACCCAAACUGUACAACCAAGCGUUCGCGGGCACCAAGUAUCUCAUCGAGGAAUACAUUGCGCAGAUCGCAGAGUGCCUCGAGGAGAUUAGCUCUCUGCCCACCGUACCCGCUACCGGAGCUCGCAGCGAUAGUAACGGAGCUCCCGCGUUGACGAUGCAGAUGAAAUUGGACUUUAUCCACGACACGCGACAGGCUUUCGGGAGAAGCACGCUUGUUCUUCAAGGAGGGGCCGUAUUUGGAUUGUGCCAUCUCGGUGUGGUGAAAGCCUUGUUCCUCCGCGGCCUACUACCCAGAAUCAUCACAGGCACUGGCACCGGAGCGCUGAUCGCAGCUCUCGUCUCCAUCCACACAAUGGAAGAGCUUCCUCGCAUCUUAAAGGGGGAUGGUAUCGACCUGUCCGCAUUCGCCGGGAAGACGCUCGGCGAUUCGGAGGUGCAGCCUCUGGCGACACGACUGGCCACUCUCAAACGACGGAUCAAUAGGUUCAUCCGUGAAGGCCACUUUCUGGAUGUGCGAGUAUUGGAAGAGUGCGUGCGUGCCAAUGUGGGGGACCUAACCUUCGAGGAGGCUUUUAAUAGAACCAAGAGGGUGCUCAACAUCACGGUGGCGGUAGGGGAGGAUGGGGGUGUGCCCACUUUAAUGAACUAUAUUACUACUCCCAAGGUUCUUAUAUGGACUGCGGCAGUUGCGUCAAACUCUAGCUCAACAUCUCUCUACGGUCACCGCCGAACGAACCUGUUGUGCAAGGAUGCCUAUGGCAAUAUUGUCGACUGGGCGCCUCCCGGAAGCACCAUUGACUUUCGCCAUUGGAGCAGGGUCUCGUACACCGACCGCGAAUCCCCGCUCCACCGGGUGGCCGAGUUGCUAAACGUUAAUCAUUACAUUGUAUCCCAAGCUCGGCCCUACCUCAUCCCCUUCUUGCAGAGCGACAUGCACGGCCCAUCGCUUUUGGAAACGCGCAGCCGGACGACGCAGAUUACGAGCUUCCUCGUCCGCAUGGUCGGGCUGGAGGUUCGCCACCGCCUCCGCCAGCUCGACACUCUUCGUCUCCUUCCCGUCAGCAUCAGAAGAUUCCUGGUCGACGAGCGCGUGCUGGGUGCGAGCCUGACGCUCGUUCCGCAGGUGAGCUUGGAGGACUUUAGCAGGCUUCUCGAGCAGCCGACGAGGCAAACGCUGGACUAUUGGAUACUCAAGGGAGAGAGGAGCGUGUAUCAAGCUGUGACGGCGUUGCGGGCGAUUCAAAGCGGCUGGUCUCCGUCGUAA